AUGCAUUAUGGUGCAUAUGCAUUCUCAGCAAACGGAAAGCGUACAAUAGUUCCAAGAAGGGCAGGUUCUCAUAAAAUGGGGCAGAGAAUUGCUUUUAGUGAAAUAGAUCUUCGAAAAAUUAACAAAUUAUAUCAGUGUGACAUGCUCAAUACUCGUCGGAAUAGCCUUAAUACAGUUUCCAGUAAUAGGCCAUUAGCGCAGAAGCCUUCAACAAAUAUACGAGGAUUUUGGGUGCCAAAGUGGCGAAGAGGAGGAAGAUGAAAUUUUAAAAGAAGAUA